AUGUCUUCUCAGGUCAGGAUUAAUAAGUUCUUUCCGAGCUCCAAGGUCACCAGGUCUAGCGUGGCGGCACUUUCCGCUGCGGCGCCUUUGACUGCGGCGCCUUCAGCUACGGCUCCUUCGGCUACGACGACUUCGGUUACGACACGUGCUUCUCGAAAGCGUGCGGCAUCCCAGGCAUCCCAGGCAUUCCAGUCUGAGCCAGCCCAGAAGCGUUCACGAGCCAGCGACGAUGUCAUAGGAGAUGAUCCGGCAUCUGCCCUCUCGACUGACGAAGUUGCUAAAACCGAGCCAGAUUUUCCUGAUGGCCCACCAACUGUCUGGGCGAUGACACGGUCAGGCCUCUGUGACUCGCAGAAGCUCUACAGGUCACACAAUGCCGGCGCCUACACGAAAGACAAGAAGCUCUUCUCUUUGUACAUCAACAAGUACUCCGAGCCUCGAGACUUCCUCGGCCGUACCAAGCUGAUCACCUGCGCCGGCGGUGGUCGUGAGCAGCAGGACGGGAAGGGUCCUUGGGUUCGCAACAACACUAAGCCGACCAUGGUCGAGUCCUGGGAGGCUGCAGUGGACACUCCGGUUGUCAUCAUCAUAGGCAAAGAUCACCCUGACUUUGCGAACCUCAUCUUGCCGAAGGAUGUGCGUGAUCAUGGAGCCUUUGUGGAGCUGGCCACGUUCAUGGUUACGAAGAUUUGGAAAGAGAUGGUGAAGCCUGAGAGUGUUCGGGAGCCUUACCAAGUCUGGAAAGUCAUGCUUCAGACCAUGGACCCUGCUUCGAAGCCAUGGUAUUGGAAGGACGACAACCAACAUGACGCCACUCUCGAGAAUUCUCUCGAUGAAGAGAACAAUGCCAAUGACAGCGACGACACCCAAGAGACUACUAAUGUCCUUGAGGAGACGUCAUGCACUAGCUGCGGAAAAGUAGGCCCAAAGAUCUUCGACAACGCGCCUUGGGUCUGUCUGGAGGAUGGAUGCAAAGAGUUUUUCCAGGUCGCCGGCAACAUGUUGAGUCAAAUUGGUGAUGACAACAAGGAGCUGCGGUACUCAAAGGACUUCAUCAACCACAUCACCACUUAUGAGAAUCUUCUGAACAUUCCCACCAUGUUUCAGCCACUUCCAGAGGCUUUGAUUGAGGGUGGGGAGAAUUACGGCACGGAGAAGGCUCUUCGUGGAGGCAUGACGUGCCCCAAGUGCCGAUGCUGCACCUCCCGAAAGUACUGGGACAGAUUGGCGUGUUGUAACUGUGGCUUUGAGUACAACGCAGCCCCUCUCCCAUACCCCUUGAACAAAGUCGAGGAGGAGAACAAGGCACACACACUCAAGCUUCAAGCCAAGAACGCCGGCCUGCGUGAAGAUGGUGUGACCAUCAAGCAGAAUGAAGAUUAUGUGGACCUAUUCGUCGAGAACGAUGAAGACGGCAUGUCCACUCGAUUCAUCUACAUGAUCAAGAAUGCUCGUUGGGAACUGAUUGGAAGCUUUGUGGUUGAGCGGCCCAGUGAUGCUGCAAAGAAAGCCUCAGGCGGUGCCAAUGAGCUUUACACAGGCAUUGAGGCUGCGGGCAGUAACAUGCAUUUUCAGCGAAACCCUGCUCGCUGUCCAGGAAGCACUAGCGAGACUCUGACCCGCCAUUUUCAGUCCAACUUUGGAGCUCUUUAUGACUUUGGCGUCAAGAACAUCGCCACAAAGCCGUUCAAUGAUGCUCCUGAUGUAGUCCUGCAGUCACUUGUUUAUCUGAAGCAUUUUGGAGAGAAAGCACUGAAGAGCUCUCAGCUCAUGGUUACCAGAAAAGACUAUCGGCCCAUUGCGGGCUCCACUAUUCACACGCCACAGAAGCCCUUCAACGAGUUGCUAGCUCUGGCAUACCGCGAGACUGACAAGAUCAAUUGGCAUGAUGAUGGUGAGGACCAGUUGACGGGCGUGAUAAGCACGGCCUCUUUCGGAUCACCCGGAAGGAUGGCACUACGGUUCAAGAAGGGCGAGACUAUUCUCGAAGUGCAGCUGCGACACGGAGACGUUGCCACCAUGUGUGACACCCGCCUCCAAGCUCUCACUGAUCACACUGUGAUCCCCGAGGGCAUCCGUCGAUAUGCAAUGACUAGCCGCACCAUCAAUUUCGACCACUACAGACAGCCGAAGCAGAAGGCUAAGCUGGUUCAGAGAGGCCUGACCAUUGAGAAGAUGGAGGAGGCAGCACAGUUUCCGGACCGCGCUAUGAGUUUCGCAUACAACGGCACAACUUUGGGAAGCCAGCAGGAGGAUGCUGCUUAG